CUCUCAACUAUCUUGACCUUUGGAUUCUGUACUUUCGUUCAGCCUAUACACCAAGCAUAAUUGAUCCUCAGAUCACCAGAACAAAAACCUCAUGACAGGAAACGUGGGGCCGUCAUGAUAUAAAAACUACAAAGAAUGGUGAUUUUCUCUGGCCAAGCAGAGGAUACUUUUGUCCGCUAUACAUGUGCCCAAGAGAAGAAACCCUCAAGAAACUCCCUACCGAUUCAUAACUAACCCAAUAUAUGCCCAUAUUAUUUUCUUUCCUCCUCCUCCUCCUCCUCCAUCAUCACCACCAUCAGCAAGAUUGCUGAAUAAUACUCUCUCAUAUAUAUAUUGAUACAUGGGGAAUUGUGUGUUCAAGGGGUUUCGCUUAGAAGUAGAAGAAAUGAUAAAAGUUGUGACAACAAAUGGUGGUAUCAUGGAGCUGUACGCACCCAUCACAGCAGAGUGCAUAACCAACGAGUUUCCUGGCCACGCCAUCUACCGUAGCCGUGACCUCUUCUCUAAACCUCUCCUCCACAACGAAGAACUCCACGUUGGCCAACUCUACCACCUCCUCCCUAUAAAUACCAGCAGUAUCGCAUUGAACAAUACCCGAAACAACAACAAUACCAAAAAUCAUCUGUCUUCAUCUACUUCAUCAUCCAAAGUUACUCCUUAUCGCAUGUCGUUUGAUAACCAAAGGAUGUUGAAGCGAUCAUCAACAGAAGCUGAGGUGUUUCCUAGGUAUAAUAGCACAGGGGUUUGGAAGGUUAAGCUGGUGAUAAGCCCCGAGCAAUUGGCAGAGAUACUGGCACAAGAGGCACGGACUGAGGAGUUGAUAGAGAGUGUGAGGACUGUGGCUAAGUGUGGAAAUGGGGUCUCUUCUUCAGUUGCUAAUUCUGAUCAAUCAAGUUUGUCUAGUAGCUGGAAAGGAUUGUCGGAUCAGAAGUAUGGUGUGGAUAUUUAGUGCGUAUGUGUUAUGUAGAGGCUGCUUUACUUCUUGAAUGUAAUUUUUUUUCAUUUUAAUUUGUCUAUGUUUCCUUUUAGGUUGAACUUUAUAUAUAUAUAUAGGCUUCCACAAUGUUUCUCUCAAA